AUUUAUUUAUUUUUUAUUAGUAUGAUCUCAGUCUUGAUUCUCUUAUUAUUUUUCGUAUUCGUCCAUUGUCAACCAAUUCAACAAAAACGACAUUUUAAGGUUGCUAUUCAAAAGGAAUAUUAUCCAUCCAAUCAUAAUAGUUCAGUUGUUUCUUUUCUUGCUAAACAAAAGCAAGUGGCUUAUAAUCAUGGCAGUGGUUAUUAUGGUGAAAUUAGUAUAGGAACACCACCACAGAAAUUCAAUGUUGUGUUUGAUACAGGUAGUUCUGAUUUAUGGGUUGUCUCUUCUGAUUGCAGAGUACAAGCAUGCAAUAACCGACAAAAAUUCGAUUACCAAGCAUCUCAGUCUUAUCAACAAGAUGAUAGUGACUCUGAAGAUAACAUGAUUGAAGUGAUUUAUGGUACUGGAAGUAUACAAGGUCAUUUAGGUAAAGACAUGGUGCGUCUAGCCAAUGAACAGAUUCAGAUUCAAGAUCAAAUCAUGGCCAAUGCACUGUCUAUUUCGCAUGAUUUCCAUGGUCUCCCUUUCCAUGGUAUCUUUGGUCUUGGUUUAAAAGGACUUGUACAAGAACCUUUGUUUGCUAUUUAUUCUCAGCAUAAUGCAGGAGAGAUUGAUUUUGGAGGCAUUGAUAGAAACCGAUAUGAAGGUGAACUGAACUAUGUUGAUGCUAUCGAUUCUAGUUAUUGGAUGAUGGCCAUGGAUAAAGUCCAGUUAGGAUCAGACCAUACGUUUGAUGACAGAAAGGGUAUUAUUGACAGUGGAUCUACGCUGAUUAUUAUGCCUCAAAAGGAUGCUAAAGAAUACCAUAAAAAGGUAAAAGGUGCUUUCUCAAAUGGAGAUGGUACAUGGUCACUUCCCUGUAGAUAUGUAGACCAACUUCAGCCUCUUGUGAUCCAUCCAAACAAUAUCCAUUGUCUCUCUGGUAUUUCUGAACAAGACAUAGAGGAAACAGACACUUGGAUAUUAGGCGAUGUGUUUCUUAAAAGCUUUUAUACAGUAUUUGAUUUAGGCAAUAAGAAAAUAGGGUUUGCAACAGCCAAGGAUGAUGAUACCAUGCAAGAUGCAGCCUAUAAGCGCAUCUUGGGUUUAGAGUAA